AUGGGCAACGGCUCUGCGGCCGUCCUCGAGCCGACGUACACGGGCUACGUCGCCUCGACUCACGACGCCCUCAUCCUCUUCGAAGCCUGCCUCACGGGCGUCCUCCACCACGUCCCCCGCCGCCCGCACGACCGCGAGCGCGCCCAGCUCGUCCGCUCUGGCUCCGUCUUCAUCUACGAGGAGAACGCCUCGGGCAUCAAGCGCUGGACCGACGGCGUCACCUGGAGCCCCUCGCGCAUCCUCGGCAACUUUCUCGUCUACCGCGAGCUCGACAAGCCCUUCCCGCCCGGUGAGAAGAAGCGCGCCGUCAAGAAGGGCAGCAGGCGGCCCACGCAGUCCGGCAGGGCCGGCGAGCCAUACCCGCGUCUGCAGGACAAUGGCACUCCUGUUAAUGGCAGUGUUGGCUCGGUCGCCAGCGUGACCGGCUCUGCCUACUCCCCCGGCGCUCCCUCCCCCAUUGGCGCUGCCACGGGCGGCCAUGGAGGUGGUGGUCCCCCCGGCGGGCCUGUCUCUGGCAACGGCACCGGCUUUGCUCCCGAGCGUGGCCAGCAGUCGGAGCUCGAACGCGCCCUCGUCGGCUCCCUCGUCGACUCCUACGGCUUCAAGGACUCUGGACUUGUCAAGAAGACCAUGAGCGUUACUGUCUCCGGUGUCACCCACCAUCUCGUCUCCUACUACAGCGUCGACGAUGUCAUGCGCGGCGCCCUCAGCCCGCCCAGCAUGGUCGAGUCGCUCAGAUACAUCCGCCCUCGCCAGGAACUCACCACCAAGCAGAGCUUCCGUGCCCCCAUCGAGGACCCGGACCAGCCCAGCCUGGACGACGGUGACCCUUCCCAGUCCCUCUACGGCUACCGUCCCAAUCCCGCCGCUGCGGCUGCCAUGGUGCCCCAGUACGGCAUGCCCCAGAGCACCGGCUACUACGCCAUGCCUCCCCAGCCGCCCUACUCCUCGCACCACCACCAGCAGCACCAGCAGCACCCUCCUCCGCAUCAGCAGCACCCACAGCAGCACCACCAACAUCCCUCGCACCAGCAGCAGCAGCAUCAACAGCACCACCAACAUCCUUCACACCAACAGCAUCCUUCGCAGCAGCCCCCACCGCCGUCCGUGCCCGGCUACGGAGUCGCGCCACCACAGCAGAACCCUUAUCUGCAGCAAAGUCCCGCAACCGCGGCCUCAGAUCUGCCCUCCAAGUCGGAGGAGUACGCUUCCUACCGCGGGCCCUCAGCUGCCGCCGCCUACCAGAAUGCCGCCGCGGCCGCUGCUGCUGCUGCCUAUCCACCCUCCUCGGCCGCUGCCUCUGCCGCUCCUCACAUCUACCGCACCCCAAGCAUACCAACCAGGCCGGGCCCCUCCGACAUGCCGCCCACCUCGCUCGACCCAGCCGGCUCUCCCAACGCGUCCACCCACUUACUCUCGCGCAAGCUUCAGCCUGCCCGGCUCCAUAGACUCCAAGCCCGGCCAACCACAGACCUCUCCCCAGCAGCAGCAGGCCCCUCCCCCCCAGCAGCAACAGUCUCAGCAGCAGCCACCGUCCCAGCAGCAGCAGCAACAACUCUGGACAGGUCACCAUAUCCACCCUCUUCCGCCAGACGCGAAUCAGGUUACUAA